AACACAACAUAGAUGCAGAGACCGAGGAAGCUUCUCUCCAGAAUUCCUCUGUAGACCGACCUGUCUGCGGCGGCAGCAGGCAGGUACUACAUCUGUGGCUGAGCGCGGGAGGGUGCUACGGUUGGCGGCGGGUAAGAACGGGAAGGCAGUCUGGGUGCUGGGUACUGCUGCGAAGUACGGUGACGCGGGGAGGGAACAGUGGAUCGGAGCGUUCGGAAUUCAUGCUGAUGAUAGGGGAAGAAGCGGUAGCGCGCAUCUGCCGGCUUGGCCUUCCGCUGCCCUGCCCUGAGCGAUCAGCACCUGGCGGCCUCCUUAGCAGUAGGAGGCGCUGCCGCUACUGCCAGCCCUCGCGUCAACCUCAUGUCGGCGACCUAGGCGGGCAGGAGGCCGGCUCGGAUUGGCUGCGGUGGACCGGUGAGCAAGGGGCGGUCUGAUUGGCUGCUGGGGUCACGUGAGGCGGAGGCCGCUGGCCGCUGACAAUAAACAUGGAGUUCAUCUUCCAUGAGCGGCAAGAAGGCUCACUGUGUGCUCAGCACUGUCUGAAUAAUUUGCUCCAAGGAGAAUAUUUUAGCCCUGUUGAAUUAUCCUCUAUUGCACAGCAGUUGGAUGAGGAAGAAAGAAUGAGAAUGGCAGAAGGAGGAGUGUCUAGUGAAGAAUAUAGAACAUUUUUACAGCAGCCUUCAGUAAAUAUGGAUGAUAGUGGAUUCUUCUCCAUUCAAGUUAUAAGCAAUGCCUUGAAAGUUUGGGGUUUAGAACUAAUCCUCUUCAACAGCCCAGAGUAUCAGAGGCUUGGGAUCGAUCCUGUAAAUGAAAAGUCAUUUAUUUGUAAUUAUAAGGAGCACUGGUUUACAGUUCGAAAGUUAGGAAAACAGUGGUUUAACUUGAACUCUCUGUUGAUGGGUCCAGAACUAAUAUCAGAUACAUAUCUUGCACUUUUCUUGGCUCAAUUACAACAGGAAGGUUAUUCCAUAUUUGUAGUGAAAGGUGACCUGCCAGAAUGUGAGGCUGAUCAGCUAUUGCAGAUGAUUCGGGUACAGCAGAUGCAGAGACCAAAACUAAUUGGAGAAGAGACAGCACAGUCAAGAGAUCAGAGACUACCCAGAAGUGAUGUGGACCAGGCAAUAGAAAUUAACCAUCCUUUUGAUGGAACAGGCAUGUUAGAUGAAGAUGAAGAGAAUUUUCAGAAAGCACUGGCUCUGAGUAGGCAGGAAAUUGAUAUGGAAGAUGAAGAAGCUGAUCUUCGCAGAGCUAUUCAACUCAGCAUGCAAGGUAGCCGUCGAAGUGACUUCCCAGCCUCUGUACCACAGAAUGUUCCUCAGUCGCCCCACACCAGUCAGACUGACUCCCUUUCUUCAGAAGAACUGCGAAGGAGAAGACAAGCGUAUUUUGAAAAGCAGCAACAACAGCUGCAGCAGCAAGAACAAACCCCUAAUGUACGUGAUAAGCCAACUGUAAGCUCAGGCACUCCAGAAGCUGAUUCAGGAGGUGACAUGAGUGAAGAGGACAUGCUUCAAGCAGCAAUGAAUAUGUCUCUGGAAUCUGUUAGAAACCACUUAAACACAGAAGAGGAGAAAUGACGUAACUUCCUCCCCCUCAUUACUGUCAAAACACUAAAUCUCCAUUAACAUUUUACUGUGUGGAUGUUGCACAAGCAGGGUUCAUUUCAGAAUUAUGGAAGCGGGGCUGGAGGUCAGAGGUUAGAGGGAAUCAACAAAUGCAAAAAAAAAUUGCACUAAUUUACAAAACAGUAGCACUCCUACUACAGAACACCUGUUCACAAAAGUUAACUGUAUUAAAAUUCUCACUCAAACCAAGUUAGACAAGUGUAGCAGCUGUAACUUGCAUUUAAAAAACAAGUUUAAAUUGUUUUGAAGAAUUCUGUGGAAAAUAGAGAAGAUGCCAAAACCCAGCUUCAACUGAUUUUUCUUCAGUACCAAAAUGGAAAAAAUAGAUACAAGUAAUAACAUGUGCUCGUAAAUGACUAAGUUCUUUACAAGGAAUCACUUAAAAUGGGAAAAAAUAAUUAAAUUCUGUUUAUCUUAGAUAACUUUUUUGUGAUUGUUUAUUCUGAGUAACUUAAGAUCAACUUUUUCAUCUUGCUGUCCACUUUUGAAAUGACCCUUUCUCUAUGAGAAACACACAUAUUUAUAAUUGGCAAUUCAGGAGAAAAAUCUUCAGUGUGUUGUUGAUUAUGAAGUUAUUCCUGAACCUUUCAGUGACUUACAGCCUUCUAACACUUUCUGGUUUUAUUUGCAGUUCCAACAGUAAAACUUUCAGAUCUGUGUUUAAAAUAGAAUUAUUUUUUUCACUGGUCUAUUCAAUUUUGGCCUUUUGGUUUGUUGCUUGUUUGUUUUGAGCUUUUUUGUUUCAUUUUUGUUUUCUUGUACUUUUUCCAGUUAAACAACUGUCUUUAAAAGAUAGUGCAAAUCAGUUGGGUUAAAAAGGUUUUCUGUUCUACCUCUUCUGCAGUAUUUUUUUUCUUCAAGCUCAAUCCUUCAUUCUGGCCUUUCAGUAUGAAAGAGCUGCAACUGACUCUAGGAGACAGGAGGAAAGGGGAUUUUAGGUGCCAUAAAGUCAGUGCCACACUCAUAAGGUGCAUUCCUGCAAUCUGAAAUGACCCCUGUGCAAGUAGGGUUUUUUUAAGAAUGAAUAUUUGUCUGUGUGGAUGUUGAAAUGCUUUUUAUGAGUGUCUGUCAGAAUGUUGCAGCUUUUUCAGGAAUGGCCUUUAUUCAUGCACCUUAAAAUUUUUUAUCAUGCUGUUUCUGACCCUGAGAAAAAAUGAGAAACAAAGUAUGUGAGAUUGCUUUUGCUAGCGGUUGUAAGACAUUUGUUUUGAGAUACAGAAUGAAUGUGUACCAGGGUGACCAAACCUGACUUUUGACUUCCAUCCAACAGUGGAGAUGUUUCAUUUUUCUAAAUGGUGCUUGAAAUACAAAUUCUGUUUACAUAUAAACUAUGUGGAAAUACAUCAUAGAGUAUGUAAGCUGUAGUCCACUUAAUGCAUUAACAGUUAGCACAGGCAUUCUAAGAAUCUUUACAAGAUACCCCCAAAUGUCUUUAUAUAAAUACUGUCAUUGCACAGUAGUUACAUUUAAUUAGUAUGAAAUUAAUGGUAGCUAGAUGGAAAUACACAUUCAGCAUCAAGUAGUACUGUACACUAAAGGGCUCUUACCUCUCAGUAAAGAUUUGUUUACAGCAGUGGUUUAUAGUUUAGAAUAUUAUGUGAUCGGGCUAGAUUCUGUUUUCCUUUGUGUUGAAUUUCCGCUAAUGUCAUCAGAACCACUGGUAUGUGUAAAACUAUGGAUUUUGACAUGACAGCACUGCUUUCUAAAAACUGGUUUUAAAUUUUAAAGAUAAUCCUGUUGUGCACAUUGUUAUUAAUAUGUAUUGUCUCGAUUUGAUAUGGCUAAGAAAUGGCUUUGAAAGGCCUUGUGUGUACACCAUUUUGAAAUGCUCUAUUUUUCAGGAUAUGAAUUUCAGCUUUCAGUUAAAAAUUUAUAUGAAACUGAAAUUAGGAAUCUCUAAAGCAUUGAAUUAUUUCUCUACUUGUUUGUAAAUUAUCUGCAGCUUUAAUUUACCUUCUACUUGUUGUGCCAUAAACUGAUUCUGAAAUAAGACUGAUUUCUAUAAAAAGGUAUAGGCUGUAAAUUUGAUACCAGUAUGUGGACCUUGGUUGGACCUUUUAUCCUCUCUUAAUAUAAUAAAAAUGUGUUAUUUCUAUAGCUGUAUAGCAGCCCUAGGUUAAAAAUUAAGCCCCUUAAAUUGCUUUAAGUGUGACCCAUGACAAAUACAUAUUCUUGUAAUUACAAAAGCAUGAGCCUUUGCAUUUGAACAUUCAUGUAAUGUUUCAAGUUCAUCACCCAAGUGUUUUAAUAUGUAAGGAACAUACAGCAACAGUGCCUGAAAAGAGCAACUGUGUCAGUCAUUACAGCAUUACAGGGCUAACCAUAUUCCUUUCUGUGUAGAGACACUGUCACUCUACAAAUAGUAAUUGAGUUUUCAGAGGAAUGUCGAGUUGAUAAAGCAAGCAUAUCUGCCUAGUCAGGCAUGUAAAAGGUAGCAAUUAAAGCUACAUGUGUUAACUGCACCAAAGGAAAAGACUAAUACUAACUGCUGACAAUACAUAUUUUUAUAACACAGUUCAGAAUGUGUGGACUUACCAAGAACCUGUCAAUAAAAAGGUGAUCUCGUUUU